UGAUAUAUUACACAAUUUUACACCUCUCGUUCCAUCUCUCUCUCUCUUUCUCUCUGAACCUAAAAAUCGCUGUCUUUCUUUCAGAGUCUCUGCACACCCAUCACCACCCACCAUGUCCUUUUUCCUAUAACUUGUCAUCUUUGAAUCACUCAUCAUAGUCAGACUGUACCAUAUCACUUUCUCCCCCUUAAAUCUUGCAAAACAUUCAUACCUCUGUUAAUGAAUAUAUGCUCCAUAUUUCAUGCAACUGAUUGACCGUAUGGCAUUCCCUCAUCAUCAUCAUCAUCAUCAUGGUUUCUUGUUCCAUUCCCAAGAAGACAAUGAUCAUCUUCCUUCUCCUUCCUCUCUCAACUCUCUCCCUUCAUGUCCUCCCCAGCUUUUUCCUGGUGGUGGAGGUCAUUUCCUGAUGAAGAGAUCGAUGUCAUUUUCGGGGCUAGAGAAGUGCGAAGAAGUGCAUGGAGAUGAUGACUUAUCAGAUGAUGGAUCACAACUAGGGGAGAAGAAGAAGAGGCUUAACUUGGAACAGGUUAAGGCACUUGAGAAAAGCUUUGAGUUGGGUAACAAGCUUGAACCUGAAAGGAAAAUGCAGUUGGCUAAGGCUUUAGGCUUGCAACCAAGACAAAUAGCUAUAUGGUUUCAAAACAGAAGGGCUAGAUGGAAGACUAAGCAACUGGAGAAAGAUUAUGAAGUCUUGAAAAAACAGUUUGAUGCUCUUAAGGCUGAUAAUGAUUCUCUUCAAGCCCAGAACAAGAAACUUCAUGCAGAGUUGAUGGCUCUAAAAUGUAGAGACUCAAAUGAAGUAAACGCAAAGAAAGAAAAUGAGGGCUCUUGGAGCAAUGGAAGUGAGAAUAGUUGUGAAGCUAACAACUUAGAUAUUUCAAGAACUCAUCAAGUGGCAACAAGUCCAGUAUCUAAUACCCAACUAAGCACUAAGCAUCUUUUCACUACAACAUCAAUAAGGCCUACAAGCAUGACUCAAUUGUUGCAUAGCUCAUCAAGACCAGACCUUCAAUGCCUCAAAGUUGACAAUUUGGUUCAAGAAGAAAAUUUCUGCAAUAUGUUCAAUGGAAUUGAAGAGCAUAAUGGAUUUUGGCCAUGGCAAGAGCAGCAUGCACCUUUCUCAUUGAACCAAACCCAAUUCUCCAAUAAUUAAUACACAUCAUAAAAUGUGGUCUAGUUUCCUUAUGCUUAAUUGAAGAAUUAAACUAGGGUUUUUUUUUUUUUUUUGUUAUUUUUAGUUUCUUGCCCUACCAUUUUUAUGAGUUUAUAUAUUCUGUUUUGGUUAAUUAAUUGUAGAUCAAUGGUGUAUAGAGAAGUGAACAAAUUUUCAAUCUUGAUGAGUAUAUGAAAUUGUUCUGAAAAUUAAGUA